UUAGAGAAAAAAGAAAGGAGAGUUCGCGGACCAGCUUUUCUCGCUGAGGCAAGUUGGCAUGGGCUUCUAAAGGUCUCAACCUGGGUAAAGGUACUCCGUAUACCACGUCUAGCUUGUCUAGGCUUAGAAUCCGUAACUCGUAAUCUGGCUUAAUCCCAACUCAGUCACACAGAGCGAGAGAGACCAUGCUGAUACAUUUGAGCUGUUCCCAUCUUUUUGCUUCUGUACAUUCUUCUGGUUUUUACAGCUUUCUGUCAAGGAGUCGUCCAAUCAGCUGUUACAGAUCACUAACUGUUUGUCGAAACGCAUCAUCGGUCUUUCAUGGACAGCCCGCACGCAGCAGCGAACCAACUGUUUGCGAAAAUGACUCAACCGCCAGCCUCAUAACUCACUCCCCUCCAACAUCCGCAUACCUCCACCUACCUUUUUGCCGAAGGCGUUGCUACUACUGCGACUUCCCUGUCAUAGCUCUUGGCACUUCUGGUCCCAGUCCAGAUGACGAUCCGAGGAUCUCAAACUAUGCCCAGCUCCUCUGUAACGAGAUAGAAUCGACCCCUCCUUACAUGGAACCACUGCCUCUUCAGACUGUCUUCUUCGGUGGUGGGACGCCUUCUCUCACACCACCCAGAACGCUCCGUACCAUAAUCCAAACUCUCUCCAGUAAGUUCGGAUUGGUGCCAGACGUCGAAAUGUCCAUGGAGAUUGAUCCAGGAACUUUUGAUGCCAAUUCAUUGCGGCAGUUCAUCCAACUGGGUGUUAAUCGUCUUUCACUGGGAGUGCAAGCCUUCCAAGACGAGGCACUCAGGCUAUGUGGACGAUCACAUGGACUGAAGGAAGUUUAUGAAGCCAUCGACAUCAUUCGUGCAAGUAAUGUGGAAAAUUGGAGCUUGGACCUCAUUUCAUCGCUCCCCCAUCAAACUGCAGAAGAUUGGAAGAAGAACUUGGAACAAGCAAUCCAAGCACAGCCAUCUCAUAUUUCGGUCUAUGAUCUGCAAAUUGAGGAAGGAACCAAAUUUGGAAAUGUAUAUCAAGCAGGCGAGUUUCCGCUGCCUAGUGAAUACAAAUCAGCAGAGUUCUACAGAAUGGCUCAUGAGAUGCUCACGGGAUCUGGGUAUGUUCAUUAUGAAAUUAGCAAUUAUUGCAAGGAAGGAUUUGAAUGCAAGCACAAUCUUACUUACUGGACGAAUCAACCUUAUUAUGGAUUUGGACUUGGCUCUACUAGUUAUGUUGGUGGUGUGAGAUUUACAAGGCCAAGGAGGAUGAGAAAGUAUGCAGAAUUUGUAGAAGGAUUGGCUGAUGGGGAGUCUGAAAAUGGACUAGUUCUGGAGCACAAGGAUGAUGAUGCUCCGAGGAAAGAGAGAGCGAUGGAUAUUGUAAUGUUGUCACUAAGGUUGGCAAGAGGUUUGGAUAUUGACUGUUUUGCAAGAGAGUUUGGUUGGAGCCUUGUACUAGAGAUCUGCAGAGCAUUCCAGCCUUAUGUAGAGAGCGGGCAUGUAACUCCUCUGGAUGAGGAGAGAAGAGUGGUGAAUGUAGAAGAAUUCUUGCAGUUUUGCUCUACUGAAAAUGGUUGGGAUAGUCAUUUUCAGUCGAGAAAAUGUGGACUAAUCAAGUUCAUUAGGUUGAGUGACCCCGAUGGUUUUCUUUUAUCCAAUGAGAUAAUCUCCACUGCCUUCAAGGUGAUAUCCCCAUGAGAGGAAUCUAGAAAGCAAGUUACUGGCAAAAGCUAUAAACUAUAGGAAUUGCUACUGUUAUUGCCAACUUGACUUGAGCAGUUUGAUGCUUCUGUGAAUGGUAUUCUACCAGAAGCAGCGCAGAAGCAUUGGAGGUAUUCUUUGUUGUAAAGAAGGGUCUCAGCUCGUUGCUUAAUUCAGGCUGCCACUGCAUUUCUCGUUGAAGAAUAGUCUCCAAUCGCAUUGAUUUUCCAAAUCUUGUGAAUCACUCCUCCAAGAUAUUCCGUUGCCCAAUUGCAGGGAAAAGUUAUACAUGACCUCCGAUUUGUAACAACAGAUAAUUGCAGGUCGUAUCCAUCAUUUUGAGAUUAAAUCUGUACGUAAUCGUUUGCCUCUCCGCUUGUGAGCAUGCCGGGCUCCACUCUUGAACAGCCUUUAGUUGAGAUUUAGGACGUGCCUGCAUGAAAUGCCGACCAAGGGGAAUACAUAACAAGUUGUCAUCAGUACCAAUGUGAAAUGGAUCAGUACCAAUCCGAAAGUUAUUCCCAGAAAAAUAUUUCUUGUUGACGUUG